AUGAGGGUCUUUCAGGCAGAGACGGGACGAGCAAUCCAACUAGCCACUCCUAUCGACUCAUUGGAUGCAUUCAAACAUGAAAUACACGCCGUCACUGGAAUCUCACCAAACGCUCAAAUCAUCCUGACUCUGGCCGGAGCUCAACUCAAACCAGAUACGGCUCCGGCUGUAUUUGCUGCUAAUGCUUCAAAUCGUCAGGAAGAUACAGUCUUGUUUGUCUUUAAUCGCCAAUUGCUGGAUCCGAGAUCGUCUUGGACCUUUCAACGUUCUUCAUUGACUCUCGAAAGCCCUGUUAAUGUCGAAGCUGUGACUUGGUUACCACUUCCAGCAAUGUCGCCCUCCGUCUCCCUAGCACAGAUAUCUGAUGAUUUCACCUCUCUCUUUCGGGCCCACACUUCUCUUGCUGAGGCUCUGUGGAAUGCCUCACACUCACAUGCUCAGAUAUGUGAAGUGCUGAUGGAAGAGCAACAUGUGCAGGCGGAGGCUUUAGGUGUUGCACUGACGAAUCUGCAAGGUCACAACAGAGUAUUGAGUGAGGUCUUUGAUUUAUUCAACUCGCAUGCACAUCGAGAAUUAUCAAAGCAUUCUAAUCUGCUGCAAAGUUUUGAGACAGAUUUACUGGCAUUGCAAAAAAUACCGAUACAUCCUUCAAUCAGUAAUGAUCACAAGACAUUGGCCGAUUACGUGCCUCAUGACAAAUUACGUGUAUGGGCUGAGAAUUGCAGGACUGCUCAUGAUUCGCUGCUGAAGAAGACUGCUAGUCUCAGUGAGACUAUGAGUAGUAUCAGAGCUGGUACAGAGUCUGAAAUGCGGCAGCCGAUGGAUGCAGAUUUCCCGAAGCUGGAGUCGCUGCUAGCUAGUGUGCGAGAACUAAUGCCGAAAAUGGAUCAGAGGAGGCAGAUCUUUGAGAGAGAUUUGGCAAGGGUAGAGGGUAUAUUGCGGCAGACAGGAAAAGCCGGAUCAAUACAGCAGGCUAGCGACAAGUUGUUGGCAUUGGAGCAUUUAGCCAAUAUUCAUCGUGACGAGUAUAUACCGGAAAUGGUCAAGGCUGAGAGAUAUAUUCGUGACACGGUAACAUACUUUCGAGAUUCAAAGACCCAUGUAUCUACACAGAUGAUAUCACGCCUCCAAUCAAUCUCAUCCCUACAAUCAUCUAUUGCAUCAGCCAGCCCACUGCUAAACACCCUCAACAGCAACGUAUCAGCACAAUCAACCGCAUUUGCCCAACUCCUCCACGUGCAUCGCAUGCCAUCAGCAUGGGGUGCCACUCUCGUAGAAAUAGUCCGUCGACGAGAAUAUGCCAAAGUGUUUCUAUCACGAGCUAAAGAGAUGGCUGAAAUAUUGUCCAAGUUUCGAGCACAAGAAGAGAGGAGACGAGAGACAUUUAAAGCUGAGAUUGGGGCUUAUUUGCCUGCUGGUUUGAUUCGAGGGUUGGAUGAUAAGCCACCGUAUUGUGAGAUAUCGGUUUCGGGGACUAAAGAUGGGUUGCCAUUGCUUGCCAAGGAAGACAUAUUAGACUUUGAGAAACUGGUAUCUUCUAUCCGGUCUUCCAUCAUGGAGCCCUCUGGUCCAUCUGGUUCAACAUCUUCCGCACCUGACGCUGUAACGAAACUUCAAGCCACGAUGGUUCGAAUGUCACCUCAAGUCGACGGAACCGCCGCAGAAUUUGAUCGGAUAAUAGUUAAAAGCUCUCUGGGAGAAUCUUUGAGACGUAUUGAAGAUGAGAAUACGAGAUUGAGAGCAGAGUUAGCCAAGACUGGAUCCGGCUCUGCCACCUCACCAUCACUUUCUCGUAAACCUGGAUUGGCACCCACGAAAUCAGUCUCCAUAGGUCCUGCAGAUGGACGAGACAUUACCGGUCAUCAAGAUAUAUCACGAGCAGAAGAUACUCUCAAAGCAUACGAGAAACGAAUCAAAUCCCUCGAAUCCUCAUUACGAGACGCAUAUCAAGCAGGCUCGAAGUCUCAAAUGGAAGGCGUAAACAUGUCUGCCGAAGUAGUACAAUUCCAAGAGCAAUUAUCUCAAAUGCAGAAAGAGAAUGCAGAUGUACGAGCAACGAUGAGACGAGAGAUUGGUAAACGAGAAUUGGAGAGUGUGCAAGUUGCUGAUUCUUUGAAGAGUCUGUUGGCAAGUCUAGGUAGACAUGUUGAUGUAGAUUCUGAUAUUUCGACCUUGUUGGGUGACUUGCAUGACCAGAUUAGUAAUGGUCGAGGAAAUAGUGGUGCUACUGGAUCUCAUGGUGAUCCGAAUCUAUUAUCUGCAUCACGAGCGCAGCAACAACAGCAAGGUUUAUCAUCGUCAUUUAUAAAUCGCUCAGCAACAUCGAAAUUAAAUACUGUAGUAACAGCACGAGCCACAUCACCAAUGUCGAAUGCACCACCAAUUCCGUCACCGCUGCAUACAUCACCGCCUCAAUCUUCUGAUAACCUGAAUUCUCCCAACUCGACUGAUUCAGCUGCUAUGGCUGCCGCUGAAGAUUGGGUGUUUGAAAAGGCGACAUACGAAACCCGUAUACGAGAGUUAGAAGCCGAGAGAGAUGCCGUGAAGAAUGAUCUGGAAGGGUUACGGAAUGGGAAUGUUGAGAGUGUGAGAAAAGUUGACGAGGUUGGUAAAGUUGCUGUUGAGAGGAUUGUUGCGUAUCGAGAUGGUUUGAGGAAGAUUGAAAGUGUAAAUAGUAGUAGUAGUAUUUAUAGUGGUGGAGUAGUAGGGGUGCAGGAGCAGCCACCGCUUGUAGAGAAUGACACUAUAGAAUCGUUGAGGAGGGUAAUGGAGUCGUGUCUGACUCCAGAAGGAGUUGAAGAACAAGUGAAUCAUGUUGUUGAGCUGCUUGCUAAGCUGAAUUUGCCUGAAGACAGUCGGAUUACCUUUCAAAAUUUCAAGAUUGGUGAUCUUGCCUUGUUCUUGCCAACGCAAAACCCAAAGGCUCUGUGUGCCUUCCAUGUAUCUGCACCACACUAUUUCUUGUCUUUGGAGUCUGCUGAAAUGCUGGAUGUGGCUCAUCGAGCACCGUCAUGGAUACUGGCUAGACUUGUAUCUAUCAGAGACAUGCUCGUAGAUUCGUCAAAUCCUUCUACGAAUCCAUUCACACUACGAGACAAGAGUGUCUUUCAUCUUUGUGAUGUGGUUCCAUGGGAAGGACUGCCGGGAGGAAUGAUGUCUUCUGUAAAAUCAAUGAGUAAGAUAUCGUUGAAAAUGAAGCCACGACCACAACCUGGCAAGACCCCGCUGUUUCUUUUCGAUACAAUCCAUCGCAAUACUUGCUCACAAGGAUAUCACGAUUUCGUAUCCCGUGCUCCUCCUAUCACUGCCGACAACAACAAUGGAUUCCUCAACAUUAAUCAACGAGAGCAGCAGCGGCCAGACGAUAUAUCGAAUCCAGUGACUGCCAACAUGAGUGACAAGCAACAACCUGACAACCAACAAGAGCAACAGCAAAUCAUCAACUCAAUAAUAAUCAACAGCAAACACAAUGUCUCGUAUAUUUGCAAAAGGUGCUUGUCGAGAAUGGCAAUUACGUUGCCGUCGACUGAUGAGACUAGUGUUGGGGAAUGUGCAAUUGCUACUGGUACGCCAAAGUAUCAUCAUUGGCAUACGAUGCCGCAUGAUGUUGAGAAUCCGAGGGCUGAGAGGGUGGAAAAGUGUUGUGCGUGUGAUUUGAGGGUUGUUAUUCGACUGGAAAAUCCAUGUGUACCUCAAAAACAAAUUGAUAUGCUCGACAAGUACGGGUAUCCAGAAGAAGCGGACAACUUGUUGACGCUAUUCAUGAGGUUGACUUUUGAUUGUGUCAAUGGCGUUGAUCGCCCGGAAAUCAAAAUCAAGGCCGAUAAUCCAAAGCUGAAGGAAAAGACAAAGAAUUUGACGAAAGAAGCAGACCAACUGUUUCAGUUGCUUGGCUUUGAAAAAAUCGAUGAACAUUUGGUGUAUACGCGGAGAGGUGAUCCAGCGUAUCAGAAUCUGGCUGAGAAGCUCAGAGACGAGCUGACGCUCUUGUAUGAAAAGAAUCGGGUUCGUCUACCUCCAACUCAACCACCAUCAAUAUAUGCCAGUGAAUUAUGGGAAGCUAGUGAGGCAAUACUGUCUAAAUUAGAUAUUCCAUUGAACUUGACAAGAAAUGGCAUCAAAACUCCAGCUGCUAAAUUAUUGAAGGAAUUGGAAGGAGUCUCGGAAUAUAAUUUUAAUGUUUUGGGAUCCUUGUGCUACGCGCCUGAUAAUGGCGAUGAAACUGUUAUAUGGGCAUAUACAAGGAACGCAGAAGAGUUCCCAGACCAAAUACCAUACUUUAUGGAUGCAUUAGUGAAUAUUGCGAAAUGGAGGAAUACAGAAGAUUUACAAAACUUUGUCGCAAUUGAACGCUCCAAGGGCAGUCAUCCAAUGUCAGAUAUUCGAUCGGCUUUUAGGACAUUGAGGAUUGAAGAUGCUCAUAUUGGAAUUCAGGAUGCUCCAUUAUGUCGGAAUUUUGAGUGGACGUUUAUGACUGGAAAUCCACCUGGAAAUCUCGAUGAAGCCAAACAAGCUUUGAAAUUGAUUGGGGAAGCAAGGAAGAGUGAUAUUAUCAGUAAUUUUGUGGAUACGGGCAUGUUACCGCCUGAUGAAGCUCUUCCUCCAUCUGCGCCAAUGGAGAUUGACGAGAAUGAAAUCAACAUGCCUGCUGGUUUGGACAACAUUGGGAAUACCUGUUUCCUGAACUCAUUAUUACAGUGCUAUUUUGCGAUACGGCCACUCCGAGAUGCUGUAUUGGGAUUUGUACCUCCACCGCCGUCACAACAGCCCGUCAACAUGAAAUCAUCAUCUGAUGCAUCAAUAGAAGAACAGACAGCAACGCAGAUACCGAAUGGUGACGUGCUGAAUGAUUCUACUAUUAGUACUAGCAAUAAUUACCCAUCGCUCAGGAAUCCACUGCUCUCAAAUGAGUCAAGCGCAACCUUGAAUGAUUCACCUAUGGAUACGAACGAUGGAACAACAACGACUACUCCGAUUAAUACGGAUAAUGCUGAUUUAUCGAAAGGAAAACCAUCGUCGACCAUAUCCGUACCGAUACCUCCAAGUACCAGUAUUCAACAUGCGAGUAGUAGUCAAGAUCCUGAAAUUACGAGGGCUCAAGCUGUUGCACAGCAUUUGGAGAGGUCGAAAGAAUUGGUUAUGCAGAUGCAAGUGUUGUUUGCUUCAUUAAUAUGGACGAAUUUCCCAAGCAUCAAACCACAAAAAGUUUUGGCUGAUAUUGCAUUGACAUCUGAAGGAUUGAGGUUUGGACUUCAACAGGAUGUCGGAGAAUGCCAUAGUCGCCUGACUGCAUCACUAGAAGUCGCACUGAAAUCCGCAUCAGAUGUAUCCAAUGCUGGCCUUAUCAACAAUUUAUUUACUGGCAAAUUACAACAACGUCUGGACUAUGUAGAUGAAGCAGCAGUACAACAAGCCAGACAUCAGGAAGAAGAGUUCGCAUUCUUGUUGUUGAAUGUGGCCAAAGAUCUCAAUCAGGCUUUGGAUUCAUAUUUUAUGCCAGAGAUGCUCUCAGAUUUCAAAGGUGCUAAAGCUGGAACUCGGGCUUUCAAAACCACUACGAUAACCCAAUUUCCCCCUGUGCUGAUGAUCAACAUUCAACGAUCAAUGUUUAACAAAGAGUCACACAUGCAAUACAAGCAGCACGAGUACGUUAAAUACCCACCAGUCCUCUACCUAGACAGAUUCAUGGAGUCAUCAGAUCCAGAAUUCAAAGCAGCCAAACAACAAGAUGCAAAAGAUCGUUAUACUGUUGCUCAAUGGGAGCAAUUUAUACAGACGCAGAUGAGUGAAGGACAAAUAUUGCUUCAAGGACCAGGAGUGUUUCAUUCAACGUUUGAGAAUGCUCGCGAGUAUUUCAAGAGCACAAUGAGUAAUGAUGAUCCACGAAAGCCACGUGUUUUGGAACUUUUCAAUUCGCUUCAUUUGAGAAUUCAUCAGAAACUUAAUGGUUACAUUCAAACUAAAGAUGAGAUUGUAAAGAGUCGAAUGCAUCGGUUUGAUACAUUCAAGAAAUGGGAAUAUCAUUUGCAGGCGGUGUUUAUGCAUGAAGGUGAAGCCAAUUUUGGGCAUUACUGGCUCUACCUUUUUGAUCCAGCUUUGAAGAGGUGGCUGAAGUGCAAUGAUUCGAGAGUCACUGAGGUACCUGAUUCAGAAGUCUUUCUUGAUACGAGUGGAACCAAAAAGAGUGCAUACUGUCUUGUUUAUGUUCAAGCAUCACAAAUUGCUGGUAUAUUAGACAGUUUCGUACGAAAUCCAAAAAGUCGAGAAGAGUAUGAAGCCCUAUUCCCUCAAGCAAAAGACCUUGCACAAAGUGCUGCACCUCAACCGCCGGUUACAACAUCAGCAACAACAUCGGCAGCAGCCGGCUGGAAUGAUUCAGGAGCACCGACAUCUUUACAAUCAAACAUGUCUACUGAUUCUACGAAUACGGCUUCGACGGUUGAAAAUCCAUUUAGAAUGACAACCAGUGAUGUAGAUAGGAUGAUUGCAACAAUUCCAGCACCAGCAACGAAUAGCAUCUCGCCAGUUGAGAAUAGCGAUGGAAUGGAGGAUCUUGAAGCUGUGACGCUGGAUUGA